CGCUCGAAAGCCACAGCACAGCGCGGAAAGCUCGGGAAGUGCGAGGCGGCGAAGCCGAAGCCAAGGAGGCUAUGCGCCUGCCAGCUGUUCCUGCCGGCGCGCAGCUUCGAUUAUCUUCACUGAUGUAAAUAGAGCUCCUGCUGCGGCGGCCCAGUCUUCCAACCUGUCUCACACCUAUUUCGUACAACGUGUAUUCAGAUUUGAAUAAGGUGAGUAUAUAAAUGAUGCUCGAAAGUGUGCUGGGUAUUUCGCAGCUGUCUGGGCAGCCGAAACACGUAGUCGGUAUCAACAAUGCCCCCUUGAGCGUACGUUUCCUAAACUGAACCAUUUUUCUGCAACGAAUGUGAAUGUGCUCACGUCGCCGUCGAGACAACGAGAAAAUUGCGGAGUUUGGAGCUCGCCGUGCGCUGAAUCACCGGCCGGCCGAAGUUGACCGGAAGAGCACGUACGCUUGCACUGCUUGCACCACCGGAAAGCAACUUCACAAUCAGCUGCGCUUUGUAUCGCAUUUGCACACGGGUGUGGUGUGUACAAACAUGCGAACAUGGAAGCGGUGGCCACGGCGAGCUCCCGUAAAAAGAUUUCCGCGGGCACACCCUGCGCACCAAACCAACCAAACGAUCUUCCAGCAACAAAAGUCUGCGAAAGCGAAGGUGGAGAGGCGUCAUGCCGCCGCCCUGGCGUAGCGGAAGAUGGAGACGGUAGUGAGUCGCCUCCCCCUGCUACUGAAGUUUCGCAUUCAACAACACGUCAGGAUGGCGCUGAUUUGCUGCCGGUACGUCCAGAUGAAGUUAAUCGAAGUAAAACGUUUGAUCACAGCCAGCAGGAAAAGAUCAAAGCUGUGGCGCAGCCUACGGAGGCGAUCUGCGCAGUUGUUUUGGCGCCAGCAGUACCGAGUGCACCUGUCGACGCUCCCGACGAUGGCAGUUCUACAGAGACCACGCAUAAAGAGAAGGCAGGGAUGGCCCCGGAUUUUUCGCACUAUUUGCCGUCUGCCCCUGUGGAUACCGGCAGUGAAACGGAUGAUGAGUUCAACGACUGGGAACAAAUACGAACAGAGGAGCUCACUGAAACACCUUCAGCCCCGCUGACCGUUCCUCCGGACGCGCACGAUGAUCCGUACGCUUUUCCGGGGUCUCGUGACACACCGACUCCUCAAACUCAACUUGCGAGUCACGUUACCGUCUUGGCGUCGACGGCUUGCGGCUACGAUGUGUUCGGUCGAAGCCGCGACAUCGGCAGACACUAUCCCGAAAUUUGUGGCAUUUCUGACCACCGUGUAGCAACUAGACCACUUCCGGAAGAUCAGGUACUUCGGAUGUAUGGAGGUGCUUGGUUGAGAGGGAGAGAGAACAUGGUAGCUGACUUUGUCAGCCUUAACGAAGAAAAAAGUCUGAACAGCCACAGCCUGUAUGUGUUGCUAGCAAACUACUUGCGAUCCAGGGAUCUCUUGAGCGAGACCACAAGCCUUAUGGAGAGUUUGCGAGAAGAGACUUCUCAGUGGGAAGAACGUGUGUGGAAGAUGGUGCCAGCCUCGGUGAGGUGCACUGGAAGGUGCAGUGACGACAAACAAGUUAGCGGGACACAUCACUUCGAAAAAGCGCAGUACGACAAGGAUGUUGCAUCGAUUUUAGCCUCGCGUUCUCAGCAGAUGCUUACGUUGCUGAAGGAGAAACAUGUUGUUUACAUGCACAAUGUUAACACCCUCCGUGUCCAAAUUGAUUACCAUUUUCAGCUGGUUGUCGGCAGUGCUCCGUACAGGGACGUUCAGAACAGUAGGCCCAUCAGCUUCAAAAUUAAAGCGGAACCAAACUGCGAUGUCUCUGAACUUAAGUCAUGCAUCAGUGUCCUGUUUCUGUUUUUGAGGAAGGGUUCAAAGGACAAGCUUCUAGUGAAGGAGGUGCAGUCAUGGGUGCACACACUAUCCAACCUACUGCUCCGUGUAGCUUCUUUGGCCGACCACUUUUUCUUACUCAACCAUGUGCUUCGUUGUCCACCAGGAAUCCACAAGUGGGCCAUUAGCUUGGUCCAAGUGCCGAGUCCUCUGCUGCCUGUAAACACCGACUGCAACCAAAUGCUUGACUAUGCCCUGGCAGUAUUAGCCACUAUUUUGUUGCCAGUUGAAGCUCGUGAAGAGUACCUGCGAUCCUUGCAGAAGAAGGAGCUGGCCUCAGUUCUUGGCUGCCUAGAAAGUGAUGUUGUUGCCCUGCUACACCAAGUACCAUUUAUUGACAUCCUAACUUUUUUGCAUGGCAGACCCGAACAGUCAGAUGCAACUAAGAUCUCAGAGCAAGAUGUAUUCAAGGCGAUAGCAGUGGCAUCACAUCUGGUCUCUAUCCUCAACACUGGCCUGAAGACCUACAGUGGUCGAUGGUACAAGCAUUUGUCAAAAAAGAUUGCUCGCCUGAUUUCCCUUACCAUUCACUGUGUGUCUGACCUGUUGAAGAGGUUCCAGCUAAUGCACAAUAAUAGUGACCCUGCUCUCCUCACGCAUCUGCAGGUUGAAUACGACCAGCUUUUUCUUCGAGCUGUCAACAGCAUCUUUCAUUCACAGGGAACAGGAGCAUGGCAGUUCAUGGUAGGCCUUCCAUAUGCAUCCAUUUCUGCAGCUAUGACUUGGCAGUUGUUGUGGCUCCUUCAUAACAGCUAUGAGGGGAAUCUGCAUCAAGUUCAUUUAUCUCCCCUUGAAGUUUGUCAUGAGCUGCUUUGCAAAAGUCACAGGCAUUCUUUCCAUGAAAGGCUGAGUAAGGUGCCGCAUUCAGAGAUAUUCUUCUUGAUGACUGCAUUUGUGAACAUGGUGGACAGCCCUGCUCUUGCUCACAUUGUUGCUAUUGACAUCUUUGAGGUUACAUACCUUAACGUAAACCUCAGAAAAUCGCUUUCGAAACAAGGCAGAGACCUGCUUGCCUCCCUUGCUCAAAAGCAGCCAUUUGUUAUGUCGGUGCUCUUGGAUGCUAUUGAAGACCACAUGUUGGCACUGGGCAUAAUGUCUUGCUACUUGAUGCGCGCAAUGCCGCUGGAGCUGUGGCAGCCCGACAAAGAAGACCUUGACAUCAUAGCCCAUUUCCUGCUCUGCUAUCCACUGGACUCGCCUCAGAGUCUGCUGGCUAGAAUGUUGAUGGACGCUCUGAAUUAUGGUAUAAAUGAGCAGGGCCAGCUCUUCCUGGAACGCAGCCUACACCAGUUUGUUGGAGUGCUGCUGCUUAUGUCUUACAGAAAGUUUUGUGCUGACCGGGUUCACAAACAAAUACGUUGUCUGCCCUUUGUGGCCACUGAUGCUUGCAAGUCCUCGACACCCACAGGAAUUCAGCAGCUGGGUCUGGAACAUCUGUUUAAACUAAAGCUGCAUGCUUUUGACAGUAACCACCAUGCUCAGCUGAGCCUUGUCGUGGAUGAAAGCCCACCUGUUGACGUUGCACCAGAUCUUCAAAAGUAUGAAUGGCUCCAGCCAGUUGCACAAGCCACCAAUGAGCUGUUGCCCUGUGGCAUCUUCUUGUCUUUUUCCAUUGCGAGCGUGGGCCAUUGCAGGGAACAAGUGCUUGCCGCAGGUCUAGACUCUCUUUCGACCCUAGUACUUAAGAAGCAGUAUGCUGCUGCUAUAAAGUGCUUGAGCCUUGUUCUUCCACUUUUCUACAUGCGGCAGGAGAUGCUCAUAACUAACAAGAAAUUUUUGGAAGAUCUCCAACAUCUUGUUCUCGUUGACAGCAGUAGUAUGGCAGCAGCUUGGAGACUGGCUGGAUAUGAGCAUGAGCGUUGUGUACUUAAGCUGCUUGCUGGCACAAUGGCCCAUCAUGUCAAGCAGGCCAAGCGUUGGGGCUUCCCAUCACUACCUAUCAGACUUUGGACAUACUUACUUUUGCACCUUCCAGACAUCCCCAUGCAUAAGGCAACUUCCAAAUUCAAAGGCCAGAGUGAUGUCAUGUACCUUCUUGACUUUCUGGUACAGCUAGCUUAUUUUGAAGCAGACUGCCUGGAAAGUGCAUUGGCACAGCUCACAACAUUGCUGAACAGCCUAACUCAACGGGCAACUGCACUGCUGUCCAUGAAAACCUGGCCCGCAGUUGUGCCAUUUGACUCUGCACCAUCAGCUCCAUGGUUUGCUCUGGCGGGGAUGCUUGCCGAAGCUCGGCUGCCCAGUGUGGCAGCCAUCUGGGAAGCUGUGCUUUGUGCCGCAGCGUCACCUGAGUGCACUGCUGAAGUCAAGAAGGCCGUGCAGGCGCCCUUGGAUGUCCUUUUGCUGUACCGCUGGGCUCGUCAAGCUCUUGUCACUGAUGCGGAUCACCCUGCUCUUCCUCUUAUAUGGCAGCAGUUUUUUUUUCUCUACCUACGAAAGUGCCCUAACGGCAAAAGUGCAGGCUUGCAUUUGUUCAAGUGUGGUGGCUUUUCAUCUUUGCUUAAGAAAGUGAAGCAACGAGUGACUGAUCUGGUGGACCAUUUCUCCAAGAACUGUUCUGGUGAAGAAAAAGGGGCAUUGCCAAAGAUUCUGUGUGAGAGAUUGCUCAUAGUGUAUCGCAGUUUUGUCUUGUGGCUAGAAGACAAGCAAGUUUUGUGCGCUGGUGUUGACCUUGCUGCCUUACCAUCCAAGUACUGUCCAGAGUUGUUAUGUGCCAUAAUCCAAGGCAAUGGUCAGCUCUGGCAUGACCUUGUGUCCGUGGAGCCCUGGCAAUGUCAGCUGGAAAGCCUGGAGCUGGCCAAUUUGUCACCUGUUGUCCCCAGCCAGGGGAAACGGCAAGACAGCAAUGUGCCAGCUGCGAAACAGAGCAUGAUUUUUUCGGCUAGGGACACACGAGAGACCAAUGCUAGCAUCUCCUGUGCCCACAUUGGUACCCAUCAUCCCACCUGUGCCACUCAUCGCAUCAGAAGUGCGAGAACUCGUUGCUUCGCAACUGAGGGCACUGCGGGCCCAGGCGACCACCUGCAGUUGAACCUGACGUUUUAUGAGGCCCGCCAGGAUCCCAGCAUUUUGCUAAAGGGCCACCACACUGCUAGUUGCUGUGCCCUCGUUCAACUGGAGGCAUGUCUUACUCAGCUAGUUCAAAGGCACCGUCAGGCUUUGCUUGCUGACAAGAUUGCACUCGAGGUGCUUGGGAGCGAGGUCUUUUUUGACCUAAUUGGAGCUUUACAUAAGGAAAUUACCAGCUACUCUCCCACGCGACAGUUUCUCACUCUAUGCCUGGACAUGGUCGGUCAAGAGUUUGUGUCCAACAUGGCUAGCCAGUGCCUGCCCGUGCUGCAAGCAAUGCUCAAGAAUCCAAGCAUUGUAAGCCACGUAUCACCGUUCUUCACUCCUGCAGCAGCUGAUGACGAGCAGUAUGCUCUCAUGUACCACUCAUUAAGUUCCAGCCUUGUUCCAGCUCUCUACAACACUGUCUUCGUGCUGCUCUCCAAGUUUGAUCUCCCACAUUGGUUGACAAGCCACGCACCAAGUCGGGCCAUACGAGGGCAUUUGCUGGUGUCGGUGGAGUUGAUGCUAGGAAAGUGUGGCCAUAGUCCAAAAGCAACUGUGCUGCCUCUGGUCGAGCUUCUUUGUUCACACUUGCACAGCUUGCUACUGUUCAGCUUUCCUCAGCAAUAUGCACCUGUCCUCACCAUGCUUCUCAGAGGCACGUCAUCCUGCUCAAUCCCUGUAGCCACUUGGAGCAUCCUUAUUCAGGCACUAGGCCACAGCACUUCUGAUGAGGCAGCACAGAUUAGGGACACAUGUGUGAAGCACCAGUGUACUUUGUCGCUGGAUGAAGCAGCAGAGACUCUGGCUGUUGCAACAGCUCACUUUGCAGAACUCCGAACAUCUGAUGCUUCCUUAGCUGCGGAUGGCCUCUAUAGCAGAGUGAAGCCAUAUCUUUCUGUGCUGCGCCAUUUCUUCAGUGUUAUCGCGCACACCUAUAUAUGGAAAAAGGUCAACUCUCCAAAGGACAACUUGCAACAGGCCGUCAAGACCGUACUGCAGCUGUACGGGCCUUGGCUAGAACUAACAGAAGACAAGAGUGCCUGUGCACCAUGGCUGCCAAAAGAUACUGACGGAGCACUCUGCAUGGCAGACUCGCUUGUUCGUGCACUGGCUUUUUUUCACGAUUGCUGCUGCAAUGUGGCUAACAUCAGUGUCAUGUCUUUGGUGUGGCAGCACUAUUUUGUCAAGUACGUGUGGCCGAACCCACCGAAGCACAUCAAAGAUGCCGUGCAGGUCGCAUUUGGCAAGCUUCCGUGGUCACAGUUUUCACCUUCUGUUGAGGAUGUGAGGCUGGCCUGCAAACUCUUGGAUGAAAAGUAUUCUGGCCACCUAACUUUCCUGGUACAUGUGUUUGUACAAGUGCCAUGGCAAGCAUGUCUGCGCGAUUCACUGCAACUUGUUCCUGAACACAUCGCGGACUAUUGUUCGUCCUUUGCUGAACUUGUACUCGGCCUUGCAUGGCACCCAAACAUGGCUGCAUUCAUAACAACUUCCCUUGAUCCUUUGCAUGAACACAACUGGGGAGUGGUGCCAGUGGAAAUGGUCUGGCGCCUGCAGAAGGUGUUUGCCAGCAGUUGCAAUGUGCACCAACUCUUAAAACCAAGGGGUGGGGUUGAUAGGACAGUGCUGGAGUUCGUGGCCGCCCUGUCGUGCAUGCUGCCAGGCCGUGCGAACGACCCUCACAAGCAACUCGCCUUUGUGAGCACCCUCGUCGGACUGUACAGCUCGGCUCUCGACAUCGCCGACGCCAAAGAUCUGAUUUCACUACUUCCACACUUGCUUGGCCGUUGUGAGCACGUGCAGGGUCCCGCGGUUCUCUUGGGCCGUGCCCUCUCGCUCCUGGACUGCUGUCAGGAGGACAGCCCACAAGCACAGGCAUUGGUUGAAGGCUUACUGCCCUGGCUGAAGGCUCGUGCAGGACAACCAAUCUUGCUCUCAGUGCUGACUGCAUCCUGUGUCAACGUAGCUUCCGUGCAGCAACUUGUGCGUGUUACCGAGGCUUGCCUCGCUGCGUUUCUCGAAGGGUCCUUUAAGGACGACAGCAGCUGGUUCCAUGCUGUUACUGCCUUCCAAGUCCCUGAGCUGACCUUGGCCAAUUUCCUGAAGCAGUGUGCCUGCCAAGCAGCACAUCUGACACAGCUGAUCUACGUGCUGCACUGCUUGCCUCGAUGCCACACCCCCGAGGAUGAAUGGGUUCUCUUGGACCAGCUAGCCAGUUGGGUGUCCCAAGGAUGCGCUACCUGCACUGGCGGAACUUCUGAACCGAAGCUGUUGUUGCUCUGGUCCAAGCUGCUGGUCCUGAGCGUGCGCCAGCUUGACUUUGGCAGCCAUCCAGAAGCCGUCCAUGACCUCUUGGUCAAAUUUUGUUCCACACUUGGCACUCUUGGCGAAGACCGUGACACCAGUGGCCUUUUGGGAGCCCUGGGCAUGGGGCGCCGAUCGGCGGUUUCCGCGAGAUUCCGACUGUGUUGUAGGGCAGUGGCUGCCUUUGUGGCUGCACGGCUCGACAAUAAUGCAGCCCUCGCCGACCAGACGCUGUCUCGACUCCGCAGCCUGCAGACUGCGAAAGGGUAUCUACCACUAUCACAGGAAAUACAAGAAGCACUAGGCAUUGUGCAAGACGCUAGCCUUGGUGCCCUUAGGGACAGCCUGCGCCUCGUAAACAGGCUUGCUGACUCGUUGUACCGUGAGAAGGAAUUCUUGCGUAUUCUUGUUUUUUGGCAGCGCACUAUGGUGCCUGGGGGAGUAUGAUGUGUUAAUCUGUGUUGUGUUGCUAGUGUGGCAAUUCACGUAGUGUACUGCCAAACAGCACCCACAGUAGAGGUCACUUCCUGAUGACAGGCAGUUUCUUGCUUGUCAAAACCAAAUAAAGUGGUGUGUCAUCUGUCAUUAUGACGUAUAAUAUCAGUAUCAUGUUUAGGAGAGAGAAGGGGUAAACGUGCUGGUGUUAAUCACCUUCCUCCCUCCUUUGUAUUGACAAGUUUGUGAGGCAGGCUGAGUUGCCCCACAUAGCGACAACAUUCCUCUCCACCUGUACCCACUUCACAGUUGCAUUCUUAAUCUUUACUGUGUGCGCAUUAUUGCAACAUCAAAAAGUUUUCUUUUUGUGCUACAUUUCUAUUUAAAGGGAAUGUCUAUCAAUUUCCUAAAUCAGUACUGGCACAAAAAUCUUUCUUAUUUCUAUGCCAGAAAGUUGUAAGGCAAUGAUAAGAGCUGUACAAUGUUUGGGAGGCCCGUUUCUCAUGGGCAUAAACUUCACAUAGGACCACGUAGAGCAUUACAUAGUACGCUCCAUAUAUUGUGUAGAGUGCACGCUACGUAGACAAUACCAAAUUUAGUGCCGCUUUUCACGAAGCUCUCCCACUGCAAAAUAUAAAUGCUGGUGAAGCAAUAACUUUUCAUCAAAAGCAAAGGAUCCGUGGCCCCAACCAAUGGUUUCGUAAUUGCAUAAUUGUGCUAUGUCAGGCGAGGCAUAAACAUCUUUUAUUGUGAUGUUAUGCUGCAGUGUGUUCAAUUCUGUAACCAUUUCCCGUGUUUUGGGGCUGGUUUUAAAGUGUUUUGCUUUUUUUUUUUAAGGCAGAAAACUUUACUCAUGCUUCUUUCCAUCAUUUAAAGACCAACUCCUUCUAUCCCCACGAUAACCUCUGAACAUGUUUCAUCUGGUAGACAGCCCUUUUAAACGCAUCUUCCACAUAUAUUUUUAUUAUUGCAAAUUAUGCACAAGCUGGCUCAAAGUAUGGUCAAGCGUAUGUCACACUUGCAUUCUUUUUUUGCCUAGAACAAGCUGUUGAAUCAAUGGUUUCUUGUCACACUAUGUAUGCUUGUUCCCUUUGCAUAUGAUAUUCUCGCAAUAGUCAUGUUUGUGCUUAUUGCCUUUUUUUUUUUUUUUAAAGGAUGUCUUAUUUUUAUCCGUCUUUCAUAUCUGGGAUUGAACAUCCCUGCAUUUUAUGUAAUCUUUCUGGGCAUUGCAGUGGCUGCUGUCUAUUUCUAGGCAGCUAAUGCCUCAAUUUUCCUUUACAAAAUCGUAUAUCUGUCUAGUUUUCCGUAAAUCUGUCUAGUUUUCUUUUUAUUGUUGGUUGGCAUUCUGCUAGUUCCUACUUGUUUUCUUGUGCAAUCAUUAGUUAUGAGCAAAUGAGCAGCUGCAUGCAUGAAAAUCAUUUUUUACUUUUUACUUUGCAAGACAUUUGUUAUUGCUUUUUUUAAAGGUCUCUAUUUUUUACAUUCAUGUUGCAUAUAGUGGAGUGGUGUGUACUCAAGAAAGAAGUGUGAUACCUACUAUUUUCACACAAUUUUGUUGCUCUUGUGUUUGACAUGUAAAAGUCAAUGCAAUUCUGCCAUUUACCUUGUAUUGCCAACAAAUAGGCUUCACUGAUUCACUUGAAACCAUUUUGGAGAUAACCAUAUAGAAGAAUGUAUUCAGGUUCUGCAACCUAUCCAACAGAAGUUCUUGUCAUGUGUACACGAAAGGAUAAGUGCAAGCCAAAGCUGUUUGAUGUUUGAACAAAAGAGCAUAGUACACUAGUAUACGGAUAAUUACUAGUCUCUUUAUUGUGUGAAUGUUUAAAGCAAACGCUGCUUGGAUGUAGCUUCGGCUCAUUCCAAGAUGUGUUCCGUCAAUAGAUAUUCAUCAAGUGUUUUUUGUUUUUUUCUCAAGAAAAGUCUUCUUGUGGAACAGCUGUGAUGAAUUGCCACAUUAGCUGUGGUAGACUCAUCAAGCGAAACUUGCUGUCAAACAGUAAUACAUUGGUCACAAGUGCUGGUCUCUGUCUUGCUCAUAGAGGGAGCAUCCAUCUGCUUAGUAUUGAUGUCAUAUGAUGACCGAAAUACGAAGGCAGGCUUUGAAUUUGACGUCACUAAGGAACUGUGGCUUUGUCUUGUAGCUUUUGUUGUGAUUUGAAGACGCAUUCAGUGAGCAUUUUAAGAGUGAAGGUGCUUGACACUCGUAAUUGUGUGAUCUCUGUGCUACCGCAGGCAAUGUGGAGCAUACUAAUGAACACAGUUUCACGUGUUUUCAGAUGUGUGCAUUUUAUGAAUGACAUGUACUUUUGUAUAAUAAAACGUUUGCAAGCUU